AUGGUGAUGAUUCGGCCAUCGCAGAGAAACGUUCCUCAGUGCUGGGUGGUGACGUGCAAAUCUACGUCCUUGAAGGCCUGCAGCCGGCCAGCUACUAUCAGCUGGAGGCGAAGCCGGUCGCUUUUUCUCUUUUUCUCUUCUUCUCUGUUGUGCUUAGGUAACUUAGGUAACAUAUGGUAA